UGAGUCAGCAUUGUCUGACCAAAUGAAAGUACUGAAGAAAAAUAUGUUGUCGUUGCAUGAGCACGUGGACAGCUGAUUGGACUUCAUGCAGAGCACUCUUGACCAGAUCCUGGACGUUCUGACAAGGCCAGGAUUUAGGCCUCCACCACAGUCGCCGUUGCCGUUAACGACGAUGUCAUGCCCCUUUCCAGUUCAAACUGACACACAACCAAGUGGCACAUCUGCAGCAGCCGCACAGACUGUUGCGUCUUCUUCUUCGGGUCCAGCGGUGGGAGCUACACCACCGCAACCUGUUCCUCAACAGGGACAGCCGCAAGGUCAUUGGUAUCCUAAAACCCCAAUGAAACCGCCUCUUGCCUUCUCAGGCGAGAGGAAGGACGAAGAACUCAACACUUGGUUGAGAACAGUCCCGGUUUGGGUGAAGGCAAAAAGGACCUUGUCAGAGGAGGAGGUGAUUACUGCUGCAUCGUACCUUGAGGGUAAGGCAGCCAAAUGGCUAGAUGGUAUAGUUUCAAAGGCCGGGUAUGGACGACGUAUGGCGGACUGGGCUCAGUCUAUUACCUUGGACCAAUUCUUUGAGGUGGUAGAAGCUCGCUGGCACAAUCCUCAGCAGGCACAAAUAGCCGCUGAUGCGAUCAACAGACUAGACCAACGAAAGUUUAAGUCAGUCAGAAAGCUUACGACUACCAUAGAGAGCCUUAUCGUCGUUCCAGGCAUUAACUAUAGUGACCAGUUCGUGUUGACUACGUUUGUCAGAUGUCUUCCAGAGAACCUCAGGAACUUGCUGGCCAGCGAGGCACGCCUCGAGUAUCACUCCUUUGAGACGUUGUCUAGGAAAGCCUUAGAUUUGGAGGCCACUCUAGGAAACGCUCAACCUUCUCAGAGUGAUGCGAAGAAGAAGAAAAGUCCCCAGGAAUGGAAGAAGAAGGGGGCCAUGUUGAUGAUGGUUGAGUCCAAUGGGACUCAAGCGGAGAUCGACGAGCUCACAGACCUGGUGGACUAUACAGAGUACGACGGCGAGGAGACCGCUGAGGGUAGCACCCUCGCCGCAGUAGUAAAGGCUAAGGCAGGUGGCCGAGGGAAGGGCCAACCAAAGAGUCAAGGGAAGGCCGCCUCCAAUCAAACCAAAGUGGCUGAUUGGGUUAAGGCAGGUCUUGAUCAAGACGUGUGGCGGGACCGCCGAGUGCGUGGCGCUUGUAUAAACUGUGGUGAAUAUGGACACAGCCAGUACAAGUGCCAGAACACAAAGCACGAUAUGAAUCGGAUCUUCCAUGACCAUUUAGAUAAGCUUGUCGUGGUCUACCUUGACGACAUUCUGAUCUUUAGUAAGUCUGCCGAGGAGCAUGCACAGCAUGUUGAGUCGGUACUUUCACUCCUUCGACAACACAAGUAUUCGGUCAACUUAGAGAAGUGUAAGUUCGGUCGCACAAAGAUACUAUACUUGGGUCAAGAAGUAUCCGCGGAAGGGAAUAGGCCGGAAGAUGCGAAGGUGGCUAAUAUCCGAGACUGGCCACGGCCUCGGACAGUCACUGAGGUCAGAUCUUUCUUAGGAAUGUGCGGCUACUAUAGGAACUUCGUAAAGAACUAUUCUACAGUCGCCUCUCCUUUGACAGAUCUAACUCGACUUGACACGCCGUGGGACUGGAGUGAUGAGUGCGAAGGUGCUUUCAAGCGAUUGAAGCAUGCACUCAUGAAUCAUGAGGUUCUCAUGGUUCCCGAUCCUCAGAAGCCAUUCAUAGUGACCAUUGACGCAAGCCAAUACGGCAUUGGCGCAGUGCUGGCUCAACAAGAUGGGAAGAAGUUGAGACCGAUUGAGUACAUCAGCAAGAAGAUGCCAUUGAAGAAACUGGCAAAGUCCACCUAUGAAAGGGAACUCUAUGCUCUAUACAAAGCACUUGUCCAUUGGAGGCACUUCCUAUUGGGAAGGUUCUUCUACUUGAGGACUGAUCAUCAGACCCUCAAAUGGAUCAAGACUCAACCGGCUCUUUCUGACGCACUCAAGCGAUGGAUUGAGGUCAUAGACCAAUAUGACUUCAAGCUUGAGUAUCUGAAGGGAGAGUACAACAAGGUUGCAGAUGCGCUAUCACGUAGGGCAGACUACCUAGGUGCGCUAGUCUCGGACUUUGGUGUAUCUGAAGAAGUAACUCAAUCGUUGGUGGGAGCCUAUCAAGAAGACCAUGUCACGAUGGAAAUCAUUCGCAAACUUCAGGCAAAAGACAAGUCCACAGAAAGUGAGUUUGUGAUGGUGGACGGGCUUCUCUAUCUUGAUAAGGCCGAAAUAAAUAGGUUAGUAAUUCCAUUUAGUGAACGUUUGCGUAGUUUAUUUCUAGGAGAAUGCCAUGACGCAACCGGGCACUUUGGCUACAAGAAGACGAGUGCUAAUCUAGUACAGCGAUUUUGGUGGCCUGGAAUGUUAGAUGACGCAAAGAAAUACGUAGAGACCUGUCAGAUCUGUCAGCGGGACAAGUCGGGGCACAUAAACGUGAGGCCGACAUUGCAUACUGGAAAUAGAGGCCGAAAAUGCCAAUGAGAAAUCGGUCCACUACCUGAAUCU